CACCGCUGCAACAGAGAAAGACAGCCGAUUUGUGCCGGAAAAGUGGCGGAGACUUCCAGAGUUAGUUGGAGACAGACGCAGUGAAGGUAAAAUGCGAGCGAAACAGCGCAGCUGAGCUGAGUUUGAUGAAAUGGAAACCGGCGGCGGUGGCGAAGCAGACAGGUUUGACCGUGAGAGCCGGGCGGCGGUGGAGGUUUCGGUCCAAGCCACCAUCUCCGUGCUCGAGCUGGAGUGCCGGAGAGGCGCCGAGGCGACGGCCGCGGUCCCGCAGAUCCUCCGGGAGAUGGGCAGAGACCUGACCGACAAACUGCUCCGGCUGCACCGGGAGAGUCGCUCCACGCUGGCGAGGGAGAACCAGGCGCUGAGAGCCGAGCUGAAGAGCCAGGUGCAGGCCGGGCUGCUGCUGGAGAGGCAGCUGCGGGGCCAGGUGGGCCGGCUGCGGAGGGAGCUGGCUCACCUGGAGAGGGAGGUGAAGAGGAUCAGCGAGGCAGCCAAGAGGAGCAGAGACUGCCUGGACAGACAGCGGAGAGAGAGCACCCUGAGCGGCCCGGUGCAUGUCCUGCUGCGGGGCGGCUGCCUGCUGGGCAGCCCUGCCGUCUCUCUCUACACCAACCAGGCUGUGUCUGACCCUGCAGCGCUGGCCGUGGCCAUCCUCAACUCUGCAGCGGCUUCAGGUCAAACCAGCACCGACCCGCUUGCCCCUCUGCUGGUGACGAGCCGGCCCGUCCCCAGUCUGACCUCAGUGCCUGUGGAUCUGAAUCAAGCUAUCGCCAACCCUGCUGCAUGGCCACCUGCCACAAAUCAAGCUGCUGGUAGCCCUGCUGGUUCUCUGGUCCCUGUGAUUCAAGCUGCCUCCAACCUGCCACCCGUGUCUUUGGAAACCCCCAGUCCAUCCCUGGUGGCUGCUGGGAGUCAGGCCAUCUCGACUCCACGAGCAUCAGGGACUACAAGCCAAGCCGUCAUGAAUCCUGAAGCGACAUUAGGAGCUACUGCUCAACCUGCUGGCGCUCCCCAGCUCCCCCUGUUGAGCCCUGCAGCCGCAUUGGUUCCUGCACGUCAGCUGGACCCCGACUCCCAGCUGCCCUUGCUGGGCGUCAAUCAGGCUUUUCCAAAACUGAUGUCAUUGCCUGUGGCUGAAGGUCAGAUGGCCACCAACCCCGUGGUUCCAUCAGCAGCUCCCUCCAAACCAGAGGAACCAGUGAAGAACAGCAGCAAGGACAACCCUGGUGCUGGAGGUGAAAGAGGCCCUGAGGAGGAUAAGAGCAUCAAUAAACAACAGGAGAGAAACAGGAGGAGAAAGGAGAAGUAUCAUCAGAAGCGAGUCUUCUGCGAUCACUGCAACAAGGGCUUUCACUACCGACACCAGCUGAAGCAGCACAUGAGCUGCCACGACAACCCUUUCUCUUGCGACCAGUGCGGGAAGAGUUUCCAUAAGGAGAAGACUCUCCAAACUCACCUCCAGGCUCACAAAGCAAAAGACGCCAUGGAGGACAAAACUCAAAACCUCAUGUCAUGCAACCAGUGUGACAAAAAAUUCAGACUCGAGAAGAAUCUUGAAAAUCACCUGCUGUGCCACGAAUCGCGGAAAAAAUCCUUCAAGUGCCCAGUUUGUGAGAAGACGUAUGCCAAGAUGAGUUUGCUCAAGCGACAUGAGAUUGUGCAUGCUGAAGUCAGGCCGUUCAUUUGUGAUACCUGCGGGAAGGGCUUCACCGCCAAAAGCAUCCUUCAGGAGCACCAGUCGAUUCACACUGGCGAAAAACAUUUCACCUGCACCACAUGUGGGAAGAGUUUCAGGACUUCCGCUCACCUGUUUUCUCACAAGAGAGUGCACUCAGACGAAAGGCCUUUCAAAUGCUCCGAAUGCGGUAAGGCGUUCAAGUUGAAACGGGCGCUGGUGCAGCACCGGAUCGUCCACACGGGGGAAAGGCCUUUUGUCUGCCAGACAUGCGGCAUCGGAUUCGGCCUGAGGAACAACCUGCAGAGGCACCUGCGCCUCCACACAGGCGAGAAGCCAUUCAGGUGCGAAGAGUGCGGGGAGCAGUUCUCAGGAACGUGGGCGCUGAAGACCCACAUGCUCGUUCACGGAGCCACGAAGCCAUUCAUGUGCGACCUCUGCGGCAAGACGUUCUUCUACAACUGUAAACUGGAGGAACAUCAGCAGAUGGUGCACCGGAACCAGGAGAAAGGGCGGAGCUGGCAGAGAGACGGAGCAGCAGGGGUAAAACCAUUCAGCUGUAAGAUCUGUCUGAAAGGUUUCUCCAGCACCAAUUUGUUAAGAAUCCACGAAGAGAGCCACACGGACGAGAAAGAAUUCACCUGCGCCACCUGCGGGAAGUCUUUCCACCGCAAGUGCACAUUCGUCUACCACAUGCGCCGGCACACUGAGGAGAGGCACCUCAGUUGCGACACCUGUGGGAAGAGGUUCCUGUUGCUGAGCCGGCUGAAGGACCACAUGACCUUGCACACCGGGGAGAAAAGAUACAAAUGCGAGCAGUGCGGCAAAGCCUUCCGGACGCGCAACAACUUCUACCGACACGCUCGGCUGCACAGAGGAGAGCGGCCGUAUGAAUGCCAAGUCUGCGGCAGCAAGUUCAGCCAGUCCAACCAGCUGAAGUCGCACAUGCAGAUCCACACGGGGGUGAAGCUGUACUCCUGCGAGCGCUGCGGACAGGGCUUCUCCGACUCCAGGCAGCUCAAGAAACACAACUGUGCCGACAAGUACCAGAACUCGUUUGAUAACGGCGCAAAAUGUAGCAGGAAACAGAAGAGCGCUGUUCUGACUUGAGGGGGGGGCGAGGUCGAUCAACUGUGUAUCAGGCCUACAGAUGAUGACCUCGUCAAAUUCUGCUUUGCAAUGGAAUUCAGUAACAAGGAACUGGAACUUCUGCUUCAGAGGCUUUUGUUUGUUUGUUCGCAAUUUUGUGACUCAGAAUGAGUUUUUUCUCACAAAUUUAGCAUUUUAAUCUCCGACUAUGGAAAUUAUGAGGGUUUUUUUUUUCUCUCUCUGAAGAAUGCUCUGACUGCAAUGAAACGGCUGCUAUGGGGGCGAACAUCAUCACACAUGAAUCAAAUGUGGCUCAUUGAAUCCAAAGAGUCUCAGCUUUCCAGUCAAAGCCAGUUGAUGAAAGUCCAAGACUGUUUAGGCCCCAGUCUGCACAAACACACCAUUUUACAACAAGUCACAAGAACACGUGGACUACAGGGUUGGUGGCCCAAAGUGCAUGGGAUUAGCAGAAGGUGGGCAUGUCUGCAAAGGGGAGAGCCGUGGCUGCCCAGAGAACCCAUUUUCAUUCACACAUCUGGAGGUCAAGGAAUCCCACUAGCAUGUCAUGCUAGGUUGUCGGCAAGGCAGCUAAGUCAGUGGAUUCCUUAGAGCAUUAGGUUUCUAGUUUAAGUCGAUUCGAAAAAUUGGAAAACAAGGCGAUACUUAAGGGAAUGUUUUUUUUUUUUCCUCCGUCCCUCUGACUACCCAGUUCCUCUACUGAAUUCAAACUGCUGCUGUCAGAAAGCUAAAAUCCACCCUGUCCUGUUCAGCCCAGGAGGAAAGCUACCAGACACUGUGUUUAGGAUAUUUAUUUUUUUUGUGAAAAUAAUGGUGAGCAUCACUCCCAUGUUGCAUUUUGUACGCUGGGUAGAAAACAGUGACCUUCACUUUCACAGUCUGACUUUUUUUUUUUUUUUUUUGAUACAAGAACUGACAAUAUUUGACUGUUAAAUCAGUUUUAUGUUGAUUCAGAUGCUUUUUUUUUUUUUUUUUGGUUUGUUUUUUUACAUGUAUGAAUGUAACUCAUAAUUUGCAUUGAGAACAUGCACAUGCACACUACCUGAACUCUGGCUGGUCAGCUCUGGUGUUGCCUGUAUGGAGCAGCUUUGACCAAGCACUCAGGUGUUGCCUGGUUAGUUACCUGACACUCGUCUCUCUCAGCUGUCAAGAUGUAUUUUUGAGGAAUUUUUCUGUUGAUGUCUUUCAUAAAAGAAUUACUCGUAGAAACUGAGUCUUCCUCAUAAUAAAUAAUAGAUUUUAUUUAAUUUGUUAAAAAAAAUAACAAAAUUAUAUGAAUAAAUCCAGAUUUUGAAUUAUCUA